UUAUCUGGGGAGGAAUUGAAAGGUUGAUGUGGUUAGCUGGAGGAUAAAGAAAGUCUUUUGGUUUAUUAUAGGAGCGGUGCUGUUAUAGUGUUUCCGCUGUGUGGAUAUGACAUGCAGGGGGAAAGGAUUGGAGAUAUCAGGGGUGUGAUAAGAAGCUGUGUAUCUUUGGCGGGGGAGAAAUGACUGGACCGCUCAAAUCAAGAGCAGACGCAGCUUGAUGGGAGUGGAGUGGGUCUUCAAAUGGGAGGUAAUCUGCAGAUUUCACACCAGAUGGAAGGCAACGACUCCCUGGCUCUGGUCUCUGGAGAGCGUCUUAUCUAUGCCAUCACCAUACCGCUGUCGACCUCCAUCAUCCUUGCAAACCUUGUAAUCAUUUUAGGUAUCGUCUGGAACCGCCAGCUCCACAACACGCCAAACUACUUCUUCCUCAGCCUGCUGGUGGCAGACUUGUGCACAGGCCUGGCGUUACCUUUUAUACCGUUAAUGGGUGUGAACCGGGAGAUGAGUUUGAACUCCUGCAUGGUGGCUCACAUAUUCCCUAACUUCCUGUUCCUGGCGUUCCUUUUCAACCUCGUGAUGGUGCACUACGAGCGCUACAUUUGCAUCGUGGACCCUUUGCAUUACAACAACUUGUGGAUGCAUCGCAGUUUCCCGCUUGCGUUGCUCGUAGUUUGGGCGCCACCGCUUCUGUACGCAUCACUACCAGCGUUUGGGUGGAAUAACUGGACUGGACCGGAUUGGAACAGCUGUUGUGCUGGAAGCCAAAAGGCGACGCCGCUUUCAAACUGCUUAACAAAUGGAACCACCUGCUGCUCGUACAGAAGAGUAUUCCCCAACGCUUUUAUCUACCUGGAGGUGUACGGCCUCGUCUUGCCUGCGAUUCUCACCAUCGCUUGUAUGACUGGACGAGUUCUGUGGAUCACCAGAGGUCAGCUGAAGGACAUCUGUCGUCUCCAUCGCUCUGUGGAACGGGGAACUCAAGCGUCAGAUCGGGAGCAGAGGCUGAACCUGCGCUACACUCGCUGCGUCGUAGCUGUGUCGCUCACGUUCCUCGCAUGCUGGGUCCCCUACCUCAUUUACAUGCAUGUCUGCAUUGCGUUCUUGAUCAGCGACACCAAAUGGAGCUCCACCACCCAUAUUGUUCUGUCAUGCACUGGUAUUGGAAGCAUGGCGGUGGUGCCGAUAGUCUUAGGGUUAGCGAACAAGCAGUAUACAGAACCUGCGUACAAACUUCUUCAGAAGCUACGAGACAGGUGGAGGCGAAGGACGCAGGGGACGGACGAGGUGGCUGUGUGAGGACACAGGGCGGACUGAAUUUGAAUAUUUAUAAGGAUGAACAUGAAAUAUUAUGAGGUGAAGGUGCUCUGCAGAUUGAUCAAGGCCUUUGAAAUCCAACAGAAAACACAUCCACAUUGAUCUUUUUGAUGGGAUUAACAUUACACGGGGCAGAUCAGGACUUCAAUUCCCACCCUACACCCUAUGAAAGUAGACCUACAGCUAGUUCAACAAAGAAGACGUGCACAUGCAUCACAAUGGUAAUAAAUGUAGGACAUAGCCAAACUAGUUCUCUACUUCCGUCUCUAAUUCUAACAUGCAAAUAAUGACCUAGCUGAGGUAAAGGUUGCGAAGGCACAAUGAUUGAGUUUCAUACAAAUUUAACUGUGAAACCACAACCUGCUAUUCGUGCUGUUAUGUAAAUCAUAACUUAAUGACAUCCUGCAUCAAGGUCAAUAACACCAGCCUCGUAUCAGCACUGUAUGUCCUGUAAAUGUCAUAGACAUAAAGCAUAUGCUCAUUUCUCUCUGUGCUGCCUGUGUAACUGCUCGUAGAUAUUCCCCAUCUGUCACCCACUUGACUGCAAUGUUUACUCCUAUUCCCCUCACUACUGUUUAUCUAUACACUGGUAUGCGAGCUGAAGAGGGGAGAGGGAUUCAUCCACAGUCUGUGAUACAUCUGCGAGACAAGGAACGAUUAGAGCAAGAACACAAGAUUAAAGACGCACUACGAGAGUCUGAAAAUAUGAGUUCCCAGUUUCUGCCCUGUAGUGAUGGAUGUAGCCGUGACGGUAAAUGAUGGGAAAGCAUUUUUUUUUUUACACCAGAGGAAAAUCUGCUGCUUGCAAAUACUUGUAUUGGAGGCUUGAAUGUUUUAUUUGCUGUAAAGAUUCAUUCAAGGGAAAUUUGAUUUUCAUUUGAGACUUGAUUAAACACAGAUAGAUGUCAUACCAUUUGUUCCCCCA